AUGGCGUCAAAUUUCUUUAACAACAAAGCGCGCGCUGCGGCAGCCUUGGCAGCUAAAAGCAGUGCGAGUAAUAGUCAGGAUUCUUCCGACCAGCAAACACAGCCGUGGGUUGAGAAAUACCGACCAAAGACCCUGGACGAUGUGGCCGCCCAAGACCAUACAAUUUCUGUUCUGCAGCGGAACCUGCACGCUUCGAAUCUUCCUCAUAUGCUUUUCUACGGCUCUCCAGGAACGGGAAAGACUUCAACUAUUCUGGCAAUGUCCAAGUCUCUCUUCGGACCAGCGCUCGUCCGUUCGCGAGUUCUCGAGCUCAAUGCCUCAGAUGAGCGUGGGAUUAGCAUUGUCCGUGAGAAGAUUAAGGAUUUUGCUCGAAUGCACCUGUCUCAACCUCCAGCCGACCCUGCAUACCGUUCUCAGUAUCCCUGCCCACCGUUCAAAAUCGUCAUACUCGAUGAGGCCGAUAGCAUGACACACGAUGCACAGUCUGCCCUUCGCCGAACCAUGGAAAAGUACAGUCGCAUUACACGAUUCUGCCUCGUAUGCAACUAUGUUACCAGAAUAAUCGACCCUGUAGCGAGUAGGUGCAGCAAAUUUCGGUUCAAGGUAUUAGAUGGCUCUGCUGCCCGAAGCCGGCUGGUUGAAAUUGCAAGAAUGGAGAAACUGGACUUGGAGGAUAACGUCGUUGAGACUCUACUUCGGUGCAGCGAUGGAGAUCUACGAAAAGCAAUAACAUUUAUGCAGAGUUCUGCAAGAUUAGCCCGCUUCGGCUCAGGGAAGAAGAAAGAGGUAUCCGACGAGACUGCAGAGGCGAAAGAUACAAAAAGCAAGAUUACAGUGAAAAGUAUUGAAGAGGUAUCAGGCCUGGUCCCGGAGACUGUUAUGGAUCGUGUCAUGGCAGCUCUUCGCCCAAACAAACGCGUAUCAAAAUACGACGAAAUUUCAAAUCUAGUAACUGACCUGGUGGCUGAUGGAUGGAGCGCCUCCCAGGUCCUCUCACAGUGCUUCAAGACAUACCAAGCCGUCCUCCAGGACGAAGCUGUUUCAGAUGUACAAAAGAAUCAGAUAUUGAAAGUCUGUUCCGAAUUUGAUAAACGAUUAGUAGACGGGGCUGAUGAACAUCUCUCAACGUUGGAUUUCAUGUUACAAAUAUCCGGAAUAAUACAGUCUAAUUAG